GUGGGAGGGAGUGAUGGAAGGAUCUGUUGUGGUAUCAAUCUCCUCUCCGUUGCUUCGGCCCCACAAAUCACAAAUAAAGCAAAGCAAAGCAACUCAACUAUCCCCAUCUUUUCGCUGGAAAAACUAAAACAAGACCAUGAAGCUCUCUUCGAACAUCUUCCUUCUUUCUCUUGCUGCUGCCCCGGUGGCAGCUCGCAUUGGCAGCAGCACCAACAAUGGCCCCUUUCAGCUUCAGCGCACUCACAGAGCCCUCGGUGCCCCUGCCCCUGCCCCGUACCUUGCCCUUGGUAUGAUUUGCGAUCCUAAUUACAUCGAAACUCCCCAGUGUGACCCUAAUCUACUAUAUUGCCACGAAUCCACCUCAACCUGCAAGCAUGUCGAUGCCGUCGAAGCGGGUGGAUCUUGCAGUGACUCCACUUGUUUGUCGCAUCUUACCUGCAAUGAACAAUUCCUUUGUGAAGAAAUGGUCGAGGGAAAUGAGACCGGCGUUCUUGCUGCCGGCAUCAAUGAGCAUUGUGAUGCCAGCACAACCUGUGAAGAAGGCCUCGAUUGUGAUGAUGCCACUUCGACUUGUGUCGUGCCGGGCACGUCAGGCACCAACUGUGCGGCCGCAAUGGCCGAAUGCAGUGAAACGAUGCCCUGCUGUGAUGGCCCUUGUAUUGGAGAAUGUCCUGAAGGUGGUUGCGGGCCAUUCAUGGAUGGAAUUUGUCGCACUGGUUAAAGAACCAGCUCAAGGAACUGUAGGAGGAGCCAACAGAAUACGAAAGAGACAACGGCGAAGACGAACACCAAAGAAGAUAAGAAUGAGAUACGAAUUUAGCAAAAAGUGAUAACCUAUAAAACAUACUUCUCUUCCC